AUGGCUCCCAUCAAGGUUGGUAUCAACGGUUUCGGCCGCAUUGGCCGUAUCGUCUUCCGCAACGCGGUUGAGCACGACGACAUCGAGAUCGUCGCCGUAAACGACCCCUUCAUCGAGCCCAAGUACGCCGAGUACAUGCUCAAGUACGACUCCACACACGGUCUCUUCAAGGGCACCAUCAGCGUUGAGGGCAGCGACCUGAUCGUCAACGGCAAGCGCGUCAAGUUCUACACUGAGCGUGACCCCGCUGCCAUCCCCUGGAAGGACACCCAGGCUCACUACAUUGUUGAGUCCACCGGUGUCUUCACCACGACCGAGAAGGCCAAAGCCCACUUAACUGGCGGUGCUAAGAAGGUUGUCAUCUCGGCUCCUUCUGCCGACGCCCCCAUGUACGUGAUGGGUGUCAACGAGAAGUCCUACGACGGCAAGGCCGAUGUCAUCUCCAAUGCUUCUUGCACAACCAACUGCUUGGCUCCCCUCGCCAAGGUCAUCAACGACAAGUUCACCAUCAUUGAGGGUUUGAUGACCACCGUCCACUCCUACACUGCCACCCAGAAGACCGUCGACGGUCCCUCCGCCAAGGACUGGCGCGGUGGCCGUACCGCUGCCCAGAACAUCAUCCCCAGCAGCACUGGUGCCGCUAAGGCUGUUGGCAAGGUUAUUCCCGCCCUGAACGGCAAGCUGACCGGCAUGUCUAUGCGUGUCCCUACCGCCAACGUCUCCGUUGUCGAUCUCACCGUCCGUAUCGAGAAGGGUGCCUCGUACGACCAGAUCAAGGCCGCCGUCAAGGAGGCCGCUGAGGGUGACCUCAAGGGUGUUCUCGCUUACACCGAGGACGACAUCGUGUCCACUGACAUGAUCGGCAACACCAACUCUUCCAUCUUCGAUGCCAAGGCCGGUAUCUCUCUUAACGACAACUUCGUCAAGCUCGUCUCCUGGUACGACAACGAGUGGGGUUACUCUCGCCGUGUCUUGGAUCUCCUGGCAUACAUUGCCAAGGUUGACGCCGGACAGUGA